CUGUUUGUGCAUCCUAACGGGGGAUAAUUUUAUUUUUUUCGUGGUGAAUGUGUCGUUUGGUGUACAGCGAACAACUCACCGUGUGCCCACCGACGUCACCGAUUAACACCAAACUCACAAUUUCAACGUUUCCCACCUGGAUGACAUGAACUGACACACGGACGCCGCUUUGUCCGACGUAUUGCUUGCUGGUUUUGUUUUUCCUCCGUAUUUUCGAAAAAGUGACGCGCCAAAAACGGCCAUGGAAGUACCGACCAGUGAUGCCCUGCUCCAGCAGCCCAUCAGUAGUGAACCGUUGAAAAAAUCAGUGCCGCGACCGUUCUCGAUCGAGGCCCUGAUGAGUGAUUGCGGCCCGAAAAAGGAGACGAACAUUGGCAGUUUCCAAUGGGGGCUGUCGCCGCCGCAGAACUACCACCACAGCGGACGCGACACCGAUUCGGACGGCAGCGUCGACAUGGAUUUGGCGCAGGAUUUGUCUCGCAGAAGUCAAAAGGACGCGGGUUCCGAUUUGGACGACGACACCGAAGAGAGCCAGAACUCCGACGGCACCAGCUCGGCGAAGGCGAGACGCCGAAGGACGGCCUUCACCAGCGAACAACUGCUGGAGCUGGAACGCGAGUUCCACGCGAAAAAGUACCUAUCGCUGACCGAACGCAGCCAGAUCGCCUCCGCCCUCAGACUGAGCGAGGUGCAGGUGAAGAUCUGGUUCCAGAACAGACGCGCCAAAUGGAAAAGGGUGAAGGCCGGCCUGGGCUCCGGACCGCAUCACGGCACCAAGGGCACGCAGCACAAGAGCAAAUUGGUGGUGCCGAUUCCGGUGCACGUGAACCGUUUCGCCGUCAGAAGUCAGCACCAGCAGUUGGAAAGGGCGCUCGGCGACUUGGCCGGCAGGGUUCUGGCGAGUCAUGCGGCCCUGAGGGCCGGCCUGGAUUUACACGGGUUUCACACGCAGCCGCCACCCCACUAGUCCUAAUUGAAGGUGGAUGAUUCGAUGGAAAGCAAUAAUAUAUGUUGUUUGGUUCUUAAGUUAAGUUAAAUAACGUUUCAACCUAGUGUACUGUGAUGACUGAAUGAUUGUGUAUUGUAUUUUCUUAUUUCGGACGAAGUUACAAACAAAUUGACAGUAUGUGUUUAGAUUAAAUGCAAUUAUAGAGGUACAUAAACCUUUUUGGUCACCGCAGUAUCCUUCCAACUGGUCUAAGACGAUUUCACUGUAGAAUUGCAUUUUACAAAAUAGGUUAUUUGUUUGCCACAGAAGUCACCUUGCUUUGAAAUAAUUUACUUUAUUUCUGAUUUAUUAGAUUCCUAGAAACCAUACCGUUUCGUAUUAUUAAUUAAAAUUGAUGAAGUUGUGAUGUAAAAUACUACUAAUAGUUGAAGUAUUUGUAAAUUAUCGAUUUGUUAGAUAUUUUUUAUUUUGCUCCCAGUGCAUUUUCAAGUCAAAAAUGAACAUGAGAAUGAGCAAUCUAUAAAAUCGAUGCGAUUUUUAAUAUAGAUUACGGUGAAUGUUUUUAUAUAUAUACAUACUAAUUUAAUUUAUAUACAUUAUUACGUGCAAUAGAUUAUAAUUUUUAGUUCAUAAAAAUAA